UUUUUCUGUUUCAAAUUAAAGUACAAGAUAUAAGGUGUACUGCAGUUUCUCGAAUUAUCGUCUAAUCUGUAACAUUUCCCUCUUAAUAGGCUUAAAGCCAGGGUUUUUAAAAAAAUAUCAGCUAUGUUGGAAUGAUAGCAUAGCUGCUUUGUGAUUCAAGUCAUGAUGUAGUAAAAGAGGGUAGUUACAAAAUGGUAUUUAGUGUCACACAGCAAAAACUAAAGUCACGCACACAGUUCAGCUGGAUUUUGAACCAAAAAUGAAGUAUCCCCUAGUUCCUUUAAUUAAUGAUCUAACAUUUCCUUUUCUCUUCUUCUGGUUUUGUUUGCCUUUUGGGAUACUAUUGAUCUUACUGAUUUUUUGGUUUCAACAUCUACUUAAUGAAGUUGAAGUUCCCAUUACUAAAGAAAUAAAAAUGCCACCCUGUGAUGAUCCUGAUGGGAAUACUGACCUCAAAUCUGAACAUGAAUCCAGUGGAAAUAACAGCCGAAGCAAGUGCAGAAAAGCCUUAAAAUUUGAUAUGAACUUGACUCCAGUGUUGGAAAAAUUGGGCUGCAGACCUGCUCACUUGAGUUCAAAAGAAACAGAGAAAAGCCUGUCUGCCUGUAUUUCACAGCAACUAAACCAAUGUGGCAGACAGUAUUGUUCUGAGAAGAAUUUGAUGUACAAUACACCUGUGCCUUCUUCACUAGUUGCUUGAGAUUUCCAACAUUCUGUGGAUGCAGCUACUCUCUUCAUCUCUGGUUGCUCAUAUUUCCAGCUCCUUAUCUGCUCGAGGGAAAAGCCUGUUGAAAUCAUGCUUUCCUU